AGGCGCCGAGAGCGGCCACAAUCGUGACCAACGAAUCCAACUGUCAAUUACUUCGUGUGGAUAAAUCACACUUUGAUCGCAUCCUCCGCGAUGUUGAGGCCAAUACCGUACGCCUUAAAGAGCACGGGAAGGAAGUGCUGGUCCUCCAGAAGAUGGCCACCACUCACAACCACACCAAUCAUAUAUCCAAUCCGUUUGAGCCCAACAAUGCUUCCCAUUAUAAGUAUAUGGUAAUGGCGGGUACGCCCGAGAAAAUGCUGGAACACCUACUGGAGACCCGGUUGGACACCAUCAACCUGGACGACCGGAACGGUGAUACCCUGCUCCAGGACUUCCUGCUGACGUUCCCGGUGUUCAUCUCGUGGAAACACUUAUGCAAUCAACUCAUGAGGUACUACCGGAUCGACGAACUCCAUCAGCGCCAGGAGAAGGAGUUCAUUGUGGCCAACAAGCGCCGGGUCGUCCGCUUUAUGCACUACUGGUUCACGAUCGCCGGCGAAGCCUUCCUCAAGAAUAAGAUCGUCUGGACGUUCAUCGAGGAUAUCGUCGAAGCGCUCCAGAAGGACAUCAAUAAGUAUAAGACGUUUGAAGACGAGUUGUUGACUCUGAAGACGAUCACCGAAGCGAAGACAAUUUACGAGUUGGAAAUGGAUAUGAGAGGCAUCCAGAAGUGGAAAGCCGAUAAUCCGGGUUCAGUACGGCGUAUGUCAACCGCGCCCGAAGUCAACUACACCAAUGACUACCGAAACAAAUGGCUGUCCAUUAAGGAGAGCGAUGAGAUCAUCUGUAAGGUGUUCUGCGCCGACCACACCUACACUACGCUCAAGAUUAAUGUGGACACGAAGGCAGAGGUGAUCAAAACACAGGCCGCAGACAAACUGGGAAUGGAUAAAGUGAAUGAACUGGUUAUCGUCGAGCUUAAGUCCAAUACCGAACGGCUACCAUUCCGCGACACUGAGAUCAGUAUACCGACGGCGCUGACAGUGAACGGCCGUAUAUUCAUCGCUCACGCCGACCACUUGGACGCCUUGACUACGCUCACAGAACAGGACGGCCCCACCAAAGGGUCGGCCCAGCAGUUGGAGGAGUUCUCGUCGCAGGACUUCGCCUAUCACUUGACACUCCACGGGUGGCAACUGUUCCACAAUCUGCACGACUAUGAGCUCAUAUACCACGUGUUCGGUCGCCACAACUUCAACGAAAUCACCGCCAAUUUGGACGUGUUUUUGCGGCACUUCAACGAAAUCCAGUACUGGACGGUCACGGAGCUGGUGCUCGAGAAGUCCCUGUCCCGCAGGGUUCAGCUCUUGAGAAAGUUGAUCAAAAUCGCCGGACAUUGUAAGGACUACCAGAAUCUGAACGCAUUCUUCGCCAUAAUCAUGGGCUUAAGUAACGUAGCGGUGAGUCGACUGUCGCAGACGUGGGAACGGCUGCCCAAUAAGAUAAAGAGGACGUUCUCGCAGUACGAGUCGCUCAUCGAUCCGUCGAGGAAUCACCGGCGCUACAGGAUUAUGGUGCAGAAGAUGUCUCCGCCGCUCAUACCAUUCAUGCCAUUACUGCUCAAAGACAUCACAUUCGCACACGAAGGCAACAAGACUUACGUCGAACAGGGAUUAGUUAACUUCGAGAAAAUGGUAGGCAAUGGCGCGCAUAUGAUCGCCCAGACGUUGCGUACGAUCCGCGAGUGCAAGUCAGGCGCCAUUAGCUUAGAGCCGCCCUCCCAGUCGUCGUCCAACCAGAAGUCGAAGUCGACGUUCAGUCAACAGCUGCAGCAAUACAUCCAAGAGAUCAAAGUAAUCGAUAACCUCCGCAGACUCACACAACUGUCCCAUUCGCUCGAACACCGCAAACUAUAGGCGCCAAUGCAUACCUACCCAUCCCAUCGACCAAACCAUUAAUCCGCUCAUGAAUUCAUUGGACAAAAGCCAGACAUCACUUUAAAUACUAUUUAUUAUAAUAAUAAUGAGAAAUGCAAUAAAACCAAACGAAAUACACUAUCAUUUGUGACAUCAAGUUAUCGUUAAAUUAUUAUUUUUUGGCUACAAUUCAACGACUUAUUACUCUCUCCCGUAAUAACUAACACACGAAAAGUGAUACGAAAAGCACAC